AGAUCUAACGUAGACAAAUGUAACUACCUGUAUUCUUUUACCACAGAAUAUGGUGAGAAGUAUUCUUCUACCAUAGAAUAUGGUGAGAAUCGAACGGAAUUGCGAACUCAGUUACGAAUAUGGUAAGGAGACGGAAUGAAGAUCAUCACUGGACACAAUAUGCAGUUAUAAUUUCCCAUUUGAAUAAACAUUUUAAUCGAGAUCUUUGCAAGUGAGACGAGCGCAUGGUGGUAGAUAAACUCGGUAGAGUAAAAGAUUAGAAAAGCGCUAAUUCCAGGGAAGAUAAUUAAAUUUCUAAAAAAUAUUAUAUUUAUUAUAAUUAGAAAAAAAAGUUGUAAAAACCUUGUUAUCUUGUUGCAAACCAAAAAAAAUUGUUGCAAAAUAGAAGGAGUGGCUAACAUAACGGAGAUUUUGUUCUUGGAAUUGUUGAAAUUCGGAGAAUUGCAGAAUAACGACAUGUACCGUAGUAGUCCUGAGUCGAAAAAGCAUCAAACUGAAAUGCUGACCAAUAAUAUACUGGGAUUGGACUGCCUACACAUGAAAUGUUUCCAAGAAAUGUACUUGGAUGCGUGCAACAAAUUGUGCAUAUCUCCAACACCAUCCAUGGCAUCCAUGAAUGAUGGUACGACCUCUUCAGGCGUAUCAUCAUUAUCUCCAACACCCAGCAUGUCAAGUUCCUCAUCAUCCUCACCGGAAUGCGAUGGAGGCCUUGUAACUCCCGAUUUGGCUGCAUCCCUUUAUGCUUUGCAGCAGCAACAACUAAUAGCAGCUUAUCAAAAGCAACAACAAUUGGCAGCAGCAGCUGCCAUUGCUAACCAUGCAAAUGAGUCUUCAACAGGACAACAACUACCAAUAGGCACAGUCAUUGGUAACAAUGAAAAUACAUCACAACAACAACAGCAGCAACAGAAUGAAAUUUGUAAAUCCUUGCAAAUGUUUGCUAUGUUAAGCACCUAUUCCAAUGAAAAAGAUCCAUCAGGUGGGAUUGAUGUACCUCAAUUACCAAAAUCGCAAGUCGACGAUGUGAUGAUUGACUUUGCCUGCAACGGUUAUGUUUGUGACGAACUAAAUCGUUGUCACUUGGGUUUACAUAUGUCCAAUCCAACAAUAAGUACAACGACAGGAACUAAUAUUGCUGGAGGACCCAUUAACACUCCUAGCCUCUUGACAGCUGCUGUUAAUCAGCAGCAAAAUGGUACCAGUGCAACAUCUCCCAAUGGUUCUACCACAAAUCCCACUGUGGCAUUAACACCACAACAAUUGCAACAACAUAACAUCAAUAUGAGUUUCAAUCAUAAUUUUUGGAAGAUUCUACCGGCCCAUAUGCAGCAACAUUCUCAUGCGGCCGUUACAGCAGCGGCAGCCGCUGCUGCUGCCGCCGUUAAUAUUGAUUACAAUUGCAAUCAAAAUAAGAAGAUGCAAAAACGUUAUAAUGGACCAAAAAAUGAGAAAUAUUCAUCAGCAAAACAUUGUGUUUUCUGUGAAAAUAACAAUGAACCUGACGCUGUUGUGAAAUCUCACGCCGUGCGUGACUCAAUGGGUCGAGUUCUUUGCCCAAAAUUAAGAACGUACAUAUGUCCAAUUUGCAAAGCAUCCGGUGAUAAGGCACAUACUGUAAAGUAUUGUCCACAGAAACCAAUUAUAACAAUGGAAGAUGCCGUUAAUGCGGAAUCGUUUCGCCUAUCGAAAGGAACUUAUUACAAACAACAAAUGAAAGUAUAAAAUUUGCAAAAAAUCAAUUUCGAAUUGAUUUUAUUGUGUUAUUUAAACAAGAAAAUUAUCAAAAAAAUUGAUAAAUUCUCGUUAAAAGAUCCAGCAAUGCUGAAAAAUAAUGUUUUAAAAACGUUUUUAUAUGAUGAAUUAAUAAAGCGCUUGAUGCGUAUUCGUUAGAUCUAAUCUUUAUUAGGUAAUAAGUUUUUAUGCGUCGAAAAAAUGAAAUUACAUACUCUACAUGUAUAUUCGCAUUUUUCAAUUAAUCAUACCUAAAUAAUUCAAAUUUUAUUAACAAAUUUCAUAUCUCAAAAUCAAAUGAAUUUUACCUUAAAAUAAUCCAUAUAUUACAAUUCAAAUGCAGCAUCUCCCAUUUGUAGAUCAAAGGAGAAUUCGAUUUCAUUACAAUAUAUAUUUCUUUAAUUUAUCUAGAUUUCCAAAUGUAUACGUGUAUUUAAAAUAAUAUAAUUCUAUAGUUAUAAUCUUCUAUGAUGUUUUGUUCAUUACGCAAUGUUUAUCGUAAUCUUUUAAAGUAUUUGACAUUCAUUAUCAUUCAAAAUGGUUUGAUUUAAUAACAUUUAUCGUAUUACAAAUUUGUUCUUCAUAGAGAAAAAGGAGCCAUUUUUAAUUUUCUUUUAAUUUGUAUUGAAAUUUCGUUUUCAUCAUUGUCUUAAUUUAUUGGUUGUAUUCGAAGAAUAUAAAUUUUAAUUUUUUUAUGAAUACCUUCACUCAUAUUAACAUAUUGAAAAAUGUAUGUUAUAUCGACGUGUUACCCUAUUACGGUUAAAAAAAAAUAAUCGAAAUCUACAAUACUCUUAACUCAUUUUAUUACAAUUUUGUUUAAUGGUAUAAAUAAAUCUAUUUAAAAAACAGCUGAACAGAA